AUGUCUUAACUUUACUAUGUUACUAGUUUAUCCAGAAUUAAUUAUUCUUUCAUAGUUAACGUAUUAAGGAGGGGUUUUAAUUUACAAGUCUGCUUCGUUAUCAUCUCUAGAUAAUAUUAGUCCCAAUAAAGUUCCUAAUAUUAUUAAAACUGCCAAAAAUGCA